AUGGACAAUCUCGACAUGCCACCGGCACCUACGCCGCCAGUCAACAAUACGAGCAUGCCAUCCAAUAAUUCGGAUCGCACUGCCAAUCUGCUGAACUUACUCAAAUUCAGCGGCUCAGGUGGCUCACAGCUGCAGAGUCAGGCUGCUCAGGCUCGCGCCCACGGCCAUGCUCAACAGCAAGCACAGCAGUACCCGGAUCAUCAGCAGGAGAACCAAUCCCCGCAGCAACUGCACCGGCAGUUGUCGCCCGAGCAUCAGCUGCACCAGCUUAACCAGUUCCAGCAGCAUGCUCAGCAGGGUCGGGGAAUCAUUCAGAGCCCUUUGCCCGCUCAGAUUCAUCAGCCCUCUCCAUCCUCUGCUGACCCGACUGGUCUCUUGGCUGCUCUUAUGCGUGGCGCCCACGAGUCCGAGGAGCCCAAGCAGCAGCAACAACAGCAGGCUCUUCCGCAGCAGCCUUUCGGCAACGGUUCCCCUCCUGCCGACACGCGGUCCUACCUGCUCAACCUGCUCAAUCGCCCCAAGCCUAGCCAAGGCGAUCAGCAGCAGUCCAUGUUGUCUGAGGCUUCGCGUUCGAACAACCUGACUCCCCAGUCUCCCGAGAAUGCUCACGCUGAGCCUGCCCGCUACCAGGGCGCUUACCAGCAGCAGUAUGGGCAACACCAGCAUCAUAAUGGACAGUACAACAACCAGCAGCACCGCCCGGCCGAUUCCUACGCCGACGCUCACGCGCCGUCCAGUCACUCCGAGUCCUAUUACCCUGCCUCUCAGGAACACCAGCCUGACACGUCAGCUCUUUUCCAGCAGUUGCUGGGAAACCUUGCUCAGUCUUCUCCUCAGAGUCAAAGUCGUAGCUUGACUGCUCAGUCGCCCAGCGGUAGUGGCCUCCCCUUUCAGAUCCUGAAGAAAGAUUCGCCUGCUGCGUCGCAGCACUCUCAUCAUUCUCAUCACUCCCACCGCCUUGACCAUUCGGUCGGCGCUGGCAGUGAGCGAGCGGUUUUACCUACCUCACCGCAUCAGAUCCGUCGCAAGGCAGCUCGCACCUCGUCCCUGCAUUCUCACCCAUCUGUGAAGCAGGGUACGCCCCCGACCGAAAUCGAGAACCAUAGUUCAACAGCUAAGGAGACCGUCGCGGAGGCUGUUAACGACAUUGCUGAGCAGGCUGAUAAUGAGGCCCGAGAGGCACUUGAGCGCGCGGAGUACGAACGGGCCCAGGCUGAGAUUGCCGAGGACCUGGACGACAUGCUCCACGCAAAGUCCGAGAAGGAAUUCGAGGACAGUGCUCAAAUUGCCGCCAAGGCUAUUCAAGCUGAGCUUGACCGUAGUGAGAACGAAGGUCUUCUCGAGGACGCCCUUCCAACUGAUGUUGCUGAGACUGUUCGCGAUAUUGUCGACGAGGCUGCUCUAGGCGUCGCUGAUAGCUGGGAGAGUGCUGACCAGGACGAGAUCGUUGUUAUCGAAGAGAAGGAAGCUCCUUCCGUCAAGGUUUUCAACUUCCCCAUGAAGCCUUGGAUCUCAAUCACCCUUCAGGAGGAAGGAACCGAACCACGACCCUUGUUCCGAGACGAGACUAUCAUGGAUAUUGCUCGGCUCAAGAAGGAAUUUGAUCAGAUUGAUCGCAAUUUGUACACAGCGACCGAGAACUACAUGGCCUAUGGUAUGUCCAAACAGGGAGGUCUUCGUGUCAUCCGACAGGAGGAUGGCAAGGACGCCAAAAUCUUCACCGACACCAAGGACCGUAUCUUCAACGUCGCCAUGUCCGUUACACCUUCGGACCACGAGGGUGCCCAUCGCGAGGCCAUCAUUGGUACUGGCAUCAGCGGCACCGUCUAUUGGGUUCAGAUCCGUGACGGCGACAAGGACCACAUCGAAGAUGCUCACAUGGAGCAGUACGGCUUUGCCCUGCCUCCCAUGAGCUCUCAGGAGGGUGAUGCCCCUGGUGGAGUACUUAAGACUCGUGCUCGCACUUCUACAAUCCAUCCUGAGUUCUUUGCUGUCGGUCGCGGAAAGUCAAUCAACCUCAUCUGGCCUUCGUACAUUCUUCAGAACAACCUGUUCAAGCCAGGCCACGAUCGCGUUGUUGACACCGAAACCCUUGCCAAGCAAUGCUCUUUGAAGAUCAACACUGGUAAGGCUGGUAAGGAUUUCACCUUCAGUCAGGACGACUCCGUCAUCGUCUCUCUUGAUAAGUCUGGUCGGGUCAAGUUCUGGGAUGUUCGAGAUCUGACCGCUGUCAAGGAGGGUUCUGACCCGCGUGCUCCUAUGCCUGCGCAGACCUCACUCGAGGUCAAGGAGCCUUUGAUGACUCUCGCCACCACUCCUGAGGGCGAGAAGGCCUGGCCUACUUCGGUUCUGCUUCUUGACAAGCAGCGACCUUACCAGAAGCGAUGUGCUCUUCGGUACAUGAUCGUCGGAAUGAAGCAAAACCACACUCUUCAGCUCUGGGAUCUUGCCCUCGGCAAGCCUGUUCAGGAGUUUAACCUCCCUCAUAGCAAGGAGUCCGACGCUGUCUGCAGUGUCAUGUACCACUCAGCCACUGGCAUGAUUGUCAUUGGCCAUCCCACCCGGAAUUCGAUCUACUUUGCGCACUUGUCGGCACCUAAGUAUAACCUCAAGAGCGUCUCCCAGGCCGAGUACAUCCAACGUCUUAUUGCUCAGGACUCCUCCAUCCCCCAGCCGGAUAGUACCGCUGUCAUUAGUGGUGUACGAGAGUACUCUUUCGCUAACCGGGGAAUUCUGCGAAGUCUUGACAUCCUCGGCACCCCCGCUAUGCUUCAAGACGCCGACGAACCCACCCUCUUUGAGCUGUAUGCUAUGCACUCCAAGGGUGUGGCUUGUCUUCUAGUCAAGCAGACCGAGCUCGGAUGGUCGAAGGACAACAAGGUUCUCGAUGCCGUUGAUGCUGUUGCUCAGAAUGUCGUGACUGUUUCGAAGCUUAAGGCGCCUCAACCAGCUGAGACACCCUCACCAGCCAACAAUGCUGAUGGUGUUGUUCGUGUUGUCAACCGCGGUUCCAACAAGGAGAACAUUCAGACCACCCCGGGAUCUCAGGCCGAGUCUGUUCAACGUGGACCCGAAUCUGCCACUCCUGCCAAGAUCAAGAGUGAGCCAAAGGAGGCUGAAACGUCUAUACAGUCGGCCAAGGAGUCUCAGUCUGAGAAGCCCGAGCGCAAGUCACGAAAGAAGAAGAACGCUGCCAACCAGGGUGAUGCUGCAACUAACGGGGCCACACCUCGUGCUGGCAAUAAGGAUGCCAAGAGCGCAAACAACACUGCCGCACCAGCUGUCUCUAGCGAGGCUCUGGAUGCCGCUAUUUCUGGAUUGGAGUCCCGUUUGAACGUGAACGUCACCGAGACCCUGAAGUCAUCAUUCAAGAACCUUCAGGGCAAGAUCGAUGACGACGUCCGCGUCCGCGACGAGAAUUUCAAUCAGCACCAACUCAAGCUCCUUGAUAUGGUUUCGGAGGUGCUGAACGAAAACACUCAGAAGGUCCUGGAGGCUCUGAUUCACCACCAGUUUACUGAGCUCGUCAUCCCUGCCAUUGGCGACAAGGCAGGUGCCGCAGUUACUGACCUUCUCGAAAACAAGCUGCAGCCGCAUCUUGCUUCGUCGGUGCAGAAGGAGAUCCAGAGCUCUCUUCCCCAUGCGCUCAGCAGGUCACUGCGAUCUAACGAUUUCGUCAAGGCUAUUUCUGACCGCGUUGGAAGUACCGUUGCUACAGGCGUGCAGCAGGAAGUCCUCGCGAUUUUGACUCAGCGCCUCACUCCUACCUUCACCAGCAUUGCGACUCAGGCCUCGCAGCGUGUCGCUAGCGAGCUUCAUCAGCAAUACCAUGAUCAAUUUGAGUACAUGAAGUCUCAGCAUGCUGCCGACGCUACCAAGAUUGAUCAACUGCUGUCUCAUGUUGGCCGCCUUUCUGAGAUGGUCUCAACCAUGUCUGCGUCCCAGGUCGCCCUUCAGGCCGAGUUUCUUAAGUUCAAACAGCAACCUGUUCACGAGCUUCCCGGCAUCCCCCAGAACGCUGGCCAUGGGCAGAACAUCCCUCACCACGGCUAUGCAAGCUCCAGCCAGCACCACCCUCAGAGUCACGCUGCCAGCCACGCGGGCAGUUACCACCCAAGCCAGGCUCCUAGCCAAGCCGCAAGCCAGGCUCAGCAAUACAUGGGUAGCCCCCAGUACGUCCGCGGUUCUCAGCAAGUAAACAGCCCUCAAGCCUCGCAGCAGGCUUCUGACUACGUCGCUCCUACUGCAAGCGUCAGCGCCCUUGCUGGUGCUUACGCUAGUCAGCGUUCCCAGACAGAGCCUGAGGCGGACCACGACUUGAUGCAACGCAUCAGGAUUGUCGAGCAGGCCAUCCAGGAAGGCCGCUACCAGGAUGCUAUGAUCCAGUGGAUCCAGAGUGGACGUGAGGAAGAGAUCUUCCGCCGUUGCCUCAGCCGCUUCCCUCCUAGCAAGUUUGAGAACCUUCCUCCCCUUAUGCUGCUUGUUGUUAUUGCCACAAUCUCGAAGGACCUGAAGCCCAACGCUCGUCUCAAGGAGGAAGUUGAAUGGAUUGAAAUGGCUCUGCGGGCCUUUGCCGAGAACCUCCCGGCUUUUGAAUGGGAACAACAAGGUGCUCGCGAUGUGAUCAAGAGUACGACUCAGACCAUGCAGCUCCUUAUUGGACGCAUCCAGCCUCUCAUCGGUGGCAUCCAGGACGGCUUCCCUACUGAUCCUUUCCUCGCCAACCUCGAGAGAGCUAAGCUUGAAUGGAUCAUCCGAACUUCGGAGCAAGUGCUUGAUACCUUUGGCGCCCCGAGACGUUACGAGUAA